GGAAAGUGUACCUGGAGACCUACGGCUGCCAGAUGAACGUCAACGACGCGGCCAUCGCCUGGGCCAUCCUGCAGAGGAGCGGCUACGCGAGGGCGCGGGCGCUCGGCGAGGCAGAUGUGGUUCUACUCGUUACCUGCUCAGUGAGGGAGAAGGCAGAGCAGGCCAUCUGGAAUCGCCUGCAGCACCUCAAGGCCCUCAAGGCCCGGCGGCUCCAGGCUCGCUUACCUCUGCACAUYGGGAUUCUAGGAUGCAUGGCUGAGAGGCUGAAGGAGAAGAUUCUGCACAGGGAGAAGCUAGUGGAUAUUGUGGCAGGCCCUGAUGCGUAUCGUGACCUCCCCAGGCUGCUGGCAGUGGCAGAAUCCGGCCAGCAAGCUGCCAACGUCCUGCUGUCACUGGAGGAGACUUACGCGGAUAUUUUGCCUGUCCAGACUAGUGCAGGUGGUGCGACAGCAUUUGUAUCCAUCAUGCGGGGCUGUGACAACAUGUGCAGCUACUGCAUUGUGCCCUUCACCCGUGGCCGGGAAAGGAGCCGGCCCAUUGCCUCCAUCCUGCAGGAAGUGAAGAUGCUCUCGGAUCAGGGAGUGAAAGAAGUGACUCUCUUGGGUCAAAACGUCAACAGCUUUCGAGAUAUGUCUGAGGUGCAGUUCCAGUCGGCUGCUCCCGCAGYUCUCAGCCGUGGCUUUAGCACAGUCUACAAACCCAAGCCAGGAGGCUUGCGCUUUGCGCAUCUCCUGGACCAGGUCUCCAGAAUUGACCCAGAAAUGAGGAUCCGUUUCACCUCUCCACACCCUAAGGAUUUUCCUGAUGAGGUCCUCCAGCUUAUCCAGGAGCGACACAACAUCUGCAAACAGCUUCACCUCCCAGCCCAGAGCGGAAGCACUCGAGUUCUGGAGGCUAUGAGACGGGGGUACACAAGAGAAGCRUAUUUAGAGCUGGUACAGCACGUGCGGGACUCCAUUCCAGGAGUGAGCUUGAGCAGCGAUUUUAUCGCUGGGUUCUGUGGGGAGACAGAAGAAGAUCAUCAGCAGACUGUGUCCUUGCUGCGGGAGGUCCGCUACAACGUAGGCUUCCUGUUUGCCUACAGCAUGAGAGAGAAAACGCGGGCAUAUCACCGGCUGCGAGACGACGUGCCCGCGGAUGUGAAACGGAGGCGGCUGGAGGAGCUCAUUGCUGUCUUCAGGGAGGAGGCCGCGAGGGCCAACGGGGCCGUCGUGGGCAGCUCGCAGGUGGUGCUGGUGGAGGGGCCCAGCAAGCGCUCUCCCUCGGAGCUGUGUGGGAGGAACGAUGGCAACAUCAAGGUGAUUUUCCCUGAUGCCGAAGUAGAGGAUGCAGCAGGCGAAGCUCUGGUCAGGGUCCAGCCAGGAGACUACGUGUUGGUGAAGGUAACCUCUGCCAGCUCUCAGACCUUGAAGGGAGUCCCGCUUUGCCGAACCUCCCUCUCCCGUUCCGCCGGUUGUUGAUGCAUCCCUGCAGAUGUGGGGCAAAAGCAGCAGAUUUCCCCAGGAAGAAACAAGAAGUUUGGUCAGGCAGAAGUGGAGGCAAAACUAGGGAUUUUCGUUUUCCUUUUGGCAACGACUUUCCACUAUAGAUCUGUGCAGCUUUGUAGACAAAAGGGGCAGAAGCUGCGCUUGGACUUGCCCAACCCAGUGACUGCAAGAUCUCAUAUUUUCCCUGGUGCUCUGGCCCUGCUCCUGCCCCUUGCUGUGCUGCAGGUCAGUCUGUCAUCGAUCAUGUCCUCUGUUUCAUCCCAGAUGGCAAAAUCGAUGUCUGCAGAGCAGGACAUUGCAACUAGCUCAGCUGCAUUUAGGAGCUGCAAAAGCCUGCAGCACCUAGAAAAUACAGCCCCGACUGUUGCUGAAGAGGGACAGCACAAGAGGACAAACAACUCAAGAGGAGAUUUGUACAUUUUCUUUCAARUAUCAAUAACUUCACUGGUAGGAAGUGUGUGGAACUGCUAACAGAGAACCUGCCUCCUGCUUGUGUGAUGGAGUGUGGCGCAGAACUGUGGAAUGUGAAGUCGUGUUUAACGUGCACAGAUGAUGCUUAGUGUGUCAUAUCCAAGGACUGGGGGAACGUGCCAUUUGCAUGGGGGAUAUGAGGAUCUAGGCUAGAGGGAUCUACUUGUCCCUGGGCCUAAGGAAAUGCAUACUGGAAGGACUGGGCAGCCAAGUGUUGCCUGUCAGAACUUCU